UCAUCUCAUAAAAAGUCACUACAACAUAAGUUAAGAUAGUCACGAAUGUAAUUUAGCCGGUCCUUUAACCGCGAACCAACUCUGAUAAAUGAGCCGCAUAAUAUCAAGCUGUCGAGGCCACAUUGAAGGUCUUGGCACUUCACCUAUGAAUACCAAGUUUCAGUUGGCAGUAUAUCUAAAGAGGAGAAAACGUUAUAUGUGAUUCUUCCUUGACGUUCGCGCGAUGUUGCCCUACCGCAGAGCUGUCGCGGCCGUUUGCAUUUUCGCCCCUCUCUUCUACAUUUACUGGCGGACAUUCCUGGUUCCUGAUACGCCGAGGACCUUUAGAAGUUGGAACGUAGCCGAAAAAGAGGUGUUUAAUGAUACGUUGGGUUUCUCAAAAAUAUUCGUCAUCAACCUGCCGUCGCGGAAAGAUCGUCGAGAUGCUAUGAGUUUAGCGGGCACUGUGAGCAAUCUCACUUUCACAUGGAUUAACGGCGUAUCGGGCGGUCAGGUGUCAGACCGCGAUGUGCCUGUUCGUAGAGGAAUACGUUCCUCGUCGGGGGCGAAAGGGUCCUGGAGGUCGCAUAUGAAUGCGCUUCAAUCAAUUAUAGGGGAGAAUCUAACGAGUGCACUCGUUUUAGAGGACGAUAUAGACUGGGAUGUACGCCUAAAAUCGCAACUUCGAACUUUCGCUUUGGCCUCGAGGACCUGGCUAAAAGAGUCCAAGUCUGAUCAACACCGAACUGUACAACUUUCCCCAGAAGCUGGCACGGAUAGUGAAGUUCACCAAAUCACAUACGGGGAUGACUGGGAUGUCUUGUGGCUGGGCCACUGCGGUGCAAAUUUCCCUGAUAGCCAAUCUCUCAUAUCACCUCUAAGAAUCAAAAUCCUAGGAGACAAGACGAUCCCAGCUCCAAAGCAUCUCAAGCCUCACCCAUUUGCCCUGAACGACAAGCUCGGCGAACUAUACCCGCCGCAUACUCGCGUCGUCCACGCGUCCAGCAGGAACAUCUGCACCCUCGCCUAUGCCGUCAGUCACCAGGGAGCCCGCAAGCUUUUAUCGCAAUUCGACGGUCACUAUGAUACCCAGUGGGACUUGAUGCUGCAGAAAUGGUGCGAGGGGAAGUAUGCUGCUGAUAACAAGCCUCGCCCGAAUCCAAGGACAAAAGAUGAUAGCGGGGUUACCCAUGAGCGUGGAGGGUCCGCUCCCGUCUGCCUCACGGUACAGCCGCCCCUAUUCAGUCAUCAUUAUGCAAAAGGCGGCACUUCCAAUAUCCAAGCCCAAGGCGGUGGCUACGCGAAGGGAACGGGUACGCCGUAUAUAAGACUAAGUGUUCGGCAGAACAUCGACCGUUUAGUUGCUGGCGCCGGGGAGGAUGAGAUGGUAGACCAACUACCCGAUGACGGGGACACCAUAUGGAAAUAGAUGGAAGUUUAUGAAGUUAAUAUAUCUUCUUUUUGUGUUCGGUUUAGGUCUACAAGAGAUACUACCCCUCUAAUCGCCUCUUAGUACAUCACCAAACCACACCCUUCUCCCAAAAGAUAGGGAACGAAUGCAAGAAGCAAAAAGGAACAACUCUAGAAAGGAAAGCCUAGCCUAUAUCUCAUGAAGUAUUCCCAUACCUAUAAUCGAGCCAGGGAUCCCCGCACUACUAGUGCAACGCAGUACCAUUGUGUUGUCGUGCGCGGGUCCAUUUUCUCUAUUCAUAGCGUCCCGAUGAAUUGGAGGGGGCUGCUGUCAAACACGUUGAUAUCUUGAAAUCUAUUUUUUUUAUUCUAGCAUCAGAUAUGGGGCUGGCAGAAGUGGAAACACCAUGCUUUACUCGUCUUA